AUGUCGCUCCGCUGUGCCAUCUCUGGAGAGCCCAUCUCCUUGGACAAUGCUGGUGAUGUUGUGGUAACACCGUCAGGCCACGUCUGCUUGAAACGAUUGCUGCUCACAAAACUGUCUGAAAAUGGCGGUGUUGACCCAUUUUCCGAUGGAGGAAGACCCCUUUCCGAAGAUGAAUUGGUGACGCUGGCAGCAUCAGGGAAGAACCAAGGAGAUGUGCCUCCACCUCCACCUUCCAGGAUAUCCUCCUUCUCGGGUACUCUCCAACAAUUGGCCAAGGAAUACGAUGCCGUUUUGCUAGAACUCUUUGACACGCGCAAAGUACUGCAGGAUACACGGCGAGAACUGAGCCAGGCACUGUAUCAGAAUGAUGCUGCCCUUCGCGUUGUGGCUCGAAUUUCCAUGGAACGAGAUGCUGCUCGUCAAGAGAGUCAACGAUUUCAGGCAGCAGCAGCGGCUAGUACUGGUAGUAGUAGUGCCGAGGACAAUGGUGGAGCAGCACCCCGCAAAAAGGCGAGGGUCGAAACACAAGAGCUGCCGUUGACCAAUGAUAUUCCUACGGCUGACCUUGACACUAUGCUGACGGAAUGGGAAAAACUACACAAGGCUCGCAGAGCCAAACCAAAGACGACCUAUUCGUUGCCAGCCUCGUGGAAAGUGGCCGAUUCGCCGUCGUACCAUAAAUCUACUUGUAAAGGACUCACGGCUGUGGCGUCAUCAGACAGCAACAUUGUCACUGCUGGAAAAGACAAACAAAUUAUGGUGUAUGACACGGAGAAAAAAUCCGUGGGAGCCACCUUUCACCCAAAAUGUGUCGUCGCCAGUUUGGAUGCCAUGCCCAACGAUGGUUCUGUUUGGGUGGUGGCUGCAUGUGGACAGGAGGCCAGGAUAUACAAUUCCGCAUCAGAAGAAGUGCAUGCAUCUUGUAAUGUUGGUGACACUGUUGUGGAAGUAAGCGGUCAUCCCACAAACAAACAUUGCUGUGCCGUCACCAAGGGUGGCAAGUUGCUCUUGUUUCGAAUCGGAGAAAAAGACAUGGAGCAUGUCUCCACAUUCUCCUCGGACCAGAGUAUGGAGUACGCUUGUGGAGGAAUGCACCCAGAUGGGCUAUUGUUCGCCGUGGGUACCACCAAUGGUAAAAUUGAGCUUUGGGAUUUGAAAAACAAAAACAUUGGUGCCAACUUAUCCGUUGACAAUGACGAUGGUGUGACGAAACUGGCUUUUUCUAGCAGUGGUUAUCACUUCGCCUCGGCACAUCAGUCGGGUGCGGUGCGAGUGUGGGACUUGCGAAAAAACAAAAUUCUGGCAGAACUGAAUGUUUCGGGAGAUCAACUGCUACAAUCAGUCACUGGAAUUGCCUUUCAUCCGGAUGGAAAGUAUUUGGCCUACGGCGGGACAGGUGGUUUGCACAUUGUCAUGCUCAAAGAAUGGAAAGUGACUCCGAUACCAGACGUCAAGGUUGCGUCUGGGAUCGUGUGGGAUUCGCAGUGGAUUGCUUCCAUUAGUAGCGAGGCACGGGCAGUGACAUUCCACACAGGGGGAGACUAG